AUGCCCCAUAGAUCCAAGGGAUACUUCUACUACGAGUACAUCUACGAGAGCGAGUGGGACGAAGAAAACACCCUUGUUGGAGGGAAAGAUGACAGCAAACGACCACCAUUUCACACCGCUUAUUACACAGAGCAUCGUGAAGACCAUCAAGGCCAGACCGCAUGGUACGCAAACAAAGUGAGGCCUGCAAUAGAAGCAGACUGCAAAAAGAUCAUCGACAAGUACAAUGGACAGAACUUGGACAAAUACCCCAAAGAAAGCAAAGACCGCCCGCCCAACCGAUUCAAUCGGGUCAUGAAACCGUUCAGCUGGAAGGCCGUGAAGGAGAUGCAUUUUUAUUGGACAGAGAAACUUCCGACAACGACAGAGGGUGAGCGGAAGGGCCAGCCUUACGGCAGAGAGAUAUGA